AUUUUCAAAAAUGAGUAUUAUUGAGAAAGAAGCAAGUGAUCGUGAGAUAAGCACUCCUCAUGUAUUUGUUUCAUCUAUGAGAAAGCAGUCAAUUACGAGAGAAAAAACAAGGACUGUGCAUAGAGCUAGGAGGGCAAAGAAAAUCCAGGGUCUGAUGUCAUUUAAACUGAGCAAACCUCUUGAUCUCAAAAAUUUCACCAUGAAAGAUCGUCUCGAAGAGAAAUUGUUCUAUUACUAUGGCAAUUACAACAAGAGCGGAUUUACCUUCGAUGAGUAUAUGGGGUUCGAAGAAAUUGGGCAUGAACUCUUCGAUAUUAAUGAAGGAAAUGGCCUUAGAAAGAGGAAGGUCAUCCCAAAAUAAGAACCCAAAUUGGUCAAGAAUUGCUGACCUGAUCCUUAAAUGGAAAGGAAAGUCAUUUGCAAGAGCUUUAAAAAGAAUAAAUAAUGCUUAUUCCUUGCUCAAUAAUUACGACAGUCUGGAAAAACUAAGAGAAAUAGAGAAUGAUAAUGCUGCUAAGCCAGAAAAGAAAAUCAGCUUCAAAUAAGCUUUUGAAGAAGAACAAGGAUUUGAAAAUUGAGAUCGGACAUGAAAAGAGAGAUGUUUCAGAAGUCAUCUCCAAAUGCAUCUAUAAUAAGGUUGAGAAGUUAAAGAAUAAGCCCUCGUUAUUUAAGAAAGUUACUACUUUCUCUUUCAGUCCGAAGAAAAAUAGUAAUUUAAGUAGAAAGACUUCAAGCAUACAACCAAGGCAGAGAGAUAUAAAGAAUCUGAGUUCGUGAAGAGAGAGAAAAUUAAAAAAAGCAAGGAUGCGUAGAAGAAGGUCAAAGAAAACCAGAAGCGUAGACAUGGAAAUAAGACUAGAAAAAAUUGAAGAGGAUAAUGAAGAUAAGAAAGCUGAACCAAAUAAAUUUCUCGAUAUGGCAAAGUUCUUAGCUUGUAAGAGAGCAUAUGAAAGAAGAUCUGUUGUUAGUAAUUAUUCUGCCAAAAGAAAGCAAACUCGAAGAAAGAUAAAGACGGGGAGUGUUCACGAUAAUAGCAAGAAUUCUUAUAAUGAUUCUUCAUAUAUUGCUAAAACCUCACCAAAUUCAAUUAAGCAGUCUCAUAUACAAAGUGGAUUGAAGGAUUUGUCAAUUUUUAAUGUAGAAAGCCCAUUAGAAACAUGUAAUCUUGAUAACAGACCCAAUACUGUAAUGGGAGGAAGAGAAAUAAAAGAAGAAAACGUAUCUGAGAAAAGUAUUAUCAACUAUAAAAUGCAAUAUUUAAAAGAUUACUCAAAUAAGCUAAAUGCAAAGAAGAUUAAAUCUAGCAAAUUUUCUCAAAGAAGAAAGUCAACACAGGCCAAAAAGAUAUCUUCAUUCAAAAUGCCAGCCUCCAAGAACGGCUUUCAGACAAUUCGAAAGAGUGUUGUCUCCAAGCAGAGCAUUGGGUCAACUUACCUGAGCUCAAAGGCUAAUCCUGGACACUUGUACUCUUCCACGCAGCCUCAUCUUCAUAGUUAUCUGCCUUAAAUUUAUUUUAUUGACCAGUUCAAGCCCUA